AUGGUGAUCGGCAAAAAAAAUGCGGAUGGUCCGAUCCAACGGUCAUGCCAACUCCGUCUGCUCUGCGCGCGGGAGACGUACUCCACAUUGCUCCUUCUGGUAUCCGUCGCCGCCGUCUGCCUCCUCGUCGUGGCUGGCACAUACGUGCUAUCUUCUCCGGCCGACGUCGACGGCAAGAUGGAGCAGAGCUUCUUCAACAUACUGCCUCGACGAUCAGCGGCCGGCGCCUCGGACGACGGUGAACUGGAGGCGGCGCUGCGCGGCGCGGCCGACGCGAACAGGACGCUUAUCUUGAGCGUGCUGAACAAGGCGUACGCCGAGGAGGGCGGCCUGCUGGACCUUUUCAUCGACAGCCUGAAGCAAGGGAAGGGCACCGGGCAUCUCAUCGGCCACGUCCUCCUCGUCGCCAUGGACGAACCGGCCUUCCGCAGGUGCAGUGGCCUCGGCGGCGUCCGGUGCUACCUGCUCCCCCCGGCGGCCGCGACCAAUAGCACUAGCCUCUCCUCGGAGCAGCUGUACAUGUCGGAUGGCUUCAUACGCAUGAUGUGGCGGCGCAUUCGCCUCCUCGGCGACGUCCUCAAGCACGGCUACAGCUUCAUAUUCACCGAUAUGGAUGUGAUGUGGCUGAGGAACCCCUUCCCGAGCCUGAACCGGACCGGGGAGGAAGACCUCCUGAUCAGCACCGACGGGUUCAAGGGACGGCCGCACGACUACCUCGGCCACGAGCUCAACACCGGGUUCUUCUUCGUGGAGGCGAGCAACCGGACGGCGGCGCUGUUCGACGAGUGGCACGCGGCACGGGAGGUGUCGGAGGGCAUGAAGGAGCAGGAUGUGCUGAACCAGAUGAAGCAGCAAGGCGCGUUCCGCCGGCUCGGCGUGAGGGUGCGCGUCCUGGACACGGCGCGCUUCAGCGGCUUCUGCCAGGACAGCCGGGACGCCCGGCAGGUGGCCACUGUGCACGCCAACUGCUGCCGGACCAUGCGGGCCAAGGUCGCCGACCUCAAGGCCGUUCUUGGCGCCGCCAAACAGCUCAACGGGACGACGGGGCGGCUGAAGUGGCCUCGUCAUUCAGCCUGCCUGAGAUCGUGGAGGAAGUGAGAGACGAGGAAGC